GGCGGAAGAGCCAGCCAGCAAGGCACCAAAAGGGGUAGAAGAAACUAUUCAAAUAAGAAGAAGAGAAGAGAAACACGAAGACGGAGGCGAUGAUGACGCACUCGUCGUGGCCGCUCUAGUUACCUAGCUAGCAAUCACCCUCCGCCGCCGCCGUCGUCAACGAUCUCUUUCUCCGGCGCCUCCAUAGCUAGGGCGAAACAUCAUAGUACUGUCAAUGACGACGACGACGACAAAAGGCUCUCCCUCUUUGUUUCUGUGGUUGGAGUAUUGAGGAGAAAGAAGAUGAAAGGGGUAGUGCAGGAGGAGGAUGAGUUCCCGGUGCUGUCCACCACCGCGGCGGCGGGUUCUUCUUGUAGCUAUCUGGAGGAAUGCAUUGGAUGCGAGAGCUGUCUGGAUCUCAACACCCAUACUGAACACCAUCUGCUUCGUCUCUUCCCCAAGCCAACAGUAACUCCUCCGAACUGUGAUGUGGAUCAUAAUCAUGAUGCGGAUAAGGAAGACCACAGGGAAGAGGUAGUAGUUGAGCAAGAACAAGAAGAAGGAAAUGAUGGUCGGUGUUGCGUUGUUGGUGAUGAUGAUGAUGAUGAUGAUGAUGACAAGAGCAGUAGUAAGAAGAGUGAGAUGAAGGAGGAGGAGGAGGAGGAGAAGCAGCAGAAGAUGAGGUGGUGGAAGAAGGAGUAUCCGCCACCGAUACCGUUGCUGGCGAGGACGGAGAACCUGGCGUCGCACAUGCCGUGGGUGCUGAAGAGGCAGUACACGAGCGACGGGAGGCUGGUGCUGACGGAGGAGAGAGCGUGGCGGCAUCAUGAGUACUUUAGGGCUCACAGAAGCCACGGCCGCCUCACCCUCCACCUUAUUCCUUUGGACCCCCAUGACGACGACGAAGAUGAUGAUGAUGAGGAGGAGGAGGAGGAGGAGGAGGAUGAAGGAGGGUUUCAGAGGGCUAGUGGGAAUGCAGUCAAGUGUUUGAACUACAAUGGCGUGAUGAGGGGAAGCUCGGCCAACUGCAUUUUUGGUGUCCCUCUUGUUCCAACUUUGAGACCGGUUCUAGGUUAGGCAAUCCAAGUUUUGUUAAAAAUAUUCACCAUUAUCAAAAAAAAAAAAAAGUUUUGUUAAAAAUAUUUACUGCAUAUAUCUAUCUACAUAUAUGAAAUAGCUAGCUAAAAGAGGGAAAUGAAUUUCUUCAUUCUUUUUGGGCAGUACUGGGAGAGGAGAGGGUGGUUGAUGGAUGGAUUGGUUGGUCUUCCUACAGGAAUUGAUCAUUAGGGUUUUGUCUAAGCCAACUGUUGUUUACUGGUGAAUUCAUCGUUGUUUUUUUUCCCCCCUCUCUUUCAGUUUUGCUAAUCUUUACUUGAUGUUUGAUGGUGUGUAGCAAGCAAGAAUUUGAAUUCGU